AAAAACAUACUUGAGGCAAGGCAAUGCCAUGACAACAUCUUCUCAUCGCACCACUUGAUUCUUUCAUAGUAGUAUUUCUCAACGCAGAUUGAUUUGAUUUGAUCUGAUCUGAACAGUGUGUAAAUGGAGCAUCUCAAGAAAGGAGUGGAGUUUGGGGUGGCCUCCCUGCAGAGAUGCCAUUCUCUGUCGUGUCAAAUGGCAGAGAGCACGCAGAUCGACGAGCGGAAGACGGGGAACCGAUGUAGCAAGGAGAAAUCACGGCGUCCGAAAUGCUGCCAUCCUGCAGAGAUGCCGGUCAUCCCCGAGCAGGCAAUGGAGUUCCUCUCUCGGACAUGGAGCCCUUCCUCCUCGGAUCUCUUCCAAAUCCUCUCUCCCAGUAGCCUGGGAACAUCACCGGUAAACCGUCAGGAAGACGAGGUGAUCGGAGACGAAGACGUUGAGGUACAUGGGGACACGGUUCGAUUUGAUGGAGGCAGAAGCCAAGUGUUCAACCAGACAUGGGGAAUUCUAGCCAGUGGGAAGUCUAGCUCAGGACAGCACAAACAUAAGAACCAACCCACCUGGCUGAACAUGGGACACAUGAGGGCAAUUCUGAGAGGAUACUUGAUGGACAGCAUCCCCAUCGCCGGGAGUCGGAGGAAGAGGCGCGACGAGCUCCGGCUGCACACGGCGCAGGCCCACGCCGCCGUCUCGGUGGCCCAGCUCGCAGCUGCGAUCGCCGGCGUCGUGUCAGCUUGCGAGCUGAGGAGCAGCUCUGGGGGUGCUGGGGCUGACAGGAAGCUGAGCACGGUGCUUGCCUCGGCUGCCGCGCUGGUGGCCACCGUCUGUGCCGAGUUCGCGGAGUCUGCCGGUGCCGACAGGUCCCGGGUCACCUCCGCCGUGAAGGCCGGCCUCGACAGCCGCUCCCCCGCCGAGCUGCUCACCCUCACCGCCACCGCUGCCACAUGUCUGAGAGGAGCAGCUGUGCUGAAGCUGAGAGCAGACGUCAGCAGAGGGAUCAGCAGCAGCACCAGCAACUCCAUGAUGAUGAUGAGCACCAAUACAGCUAGCAUUCAGAAAGGCACAAUUCUCAGGGUUUGCCUGCCUUGUGGAAGGUUGCGGCUGAGGACGGUGGCCGUCUUCCCGGAGUGCGGCACGGUGGCUCUGAGGCUGGGGAAGAAGCGCCUGCAUGGAGCAUUCACAACAUACCAGCACUAUGAGGUGUUGGCAGUCUCUGGCGGUGGCGAGGCGGUGGUGGAUUGUCGGAAGUUCUUCCCCGUGGCGCUGAGCACGGCAGCAGGGACGGUGCAGCUGCUGCUGGACAACCAGAUGCACUGCAAGGUCUGGAAGGCUUCCAUCGAGAGCAUGCUGUCCGGUCGAAAGCUCAAGCACACCAAAUGCUGAUUAAUUAGAGCCAGGAAAAAUUGCCUUGCUUUUCUUACCAUGUUGCAUCACCCCUGUACAUGCAAUGUAUGUGAUGUGAGUUCUUAAUAUACAGGUAAAACAUAAACAACUGUAUAGUAUAAAAUUAUAAUUUCUUUAAACAUCACUUUCCAUGUUCACCAGAUAACCAAACCUUCCUCAUUAUGAUAACCCUUUCUUCCUCGCUAAGAGAAGAGAAAAUAUUACAAACAAUCAAAACAGAGCAAACGUGUUCCUAACUUCAGCUCACCAGUAAAAGUAUGAUACUAAGCAGCCCACUAGCAUCGAUCAUAUGAAAAGAAUACAGCAAAAGGUCCUUCUCCAUAAAAAAAGUUACACUAAUUCAGAUGUGACUUGUUAUGUUUUCAUGCGAUGCACAGGCUUGCCUGAAACAAAGGUUUGGCAGAUGGUAGCAAGACAAAACAAGAGACCAGUUCUUUCUUUUUCCUUUUCAUAUUUUAUGUUGAGAAAAAGAGGCAAGGAAGAAAUAAUGGAUUCACCAGCUGGGCAGGUUGUCAUCAGCAUUCAGCAGUCAGACUGUGUGAUAAUGUCAUCAAUCUUGAGAAUCAUUUUCACCACCUGAGUUGUCAGCACGAUCUGCUGCUGCUUGUUUUGUUCUCUGAUGCCGUUUGUUCGAAUGCAAUUGCAGUCAAUACCAUGAUGAGGAUUGCUAUCUUGCAAAGGUAGUUCAGGAGGC